GUGCAAUAGUAAUUUCACAACCACAAAAACCCUAAUUCCUCCUAAACCCCUUGCUUCAUCUCUCUCCCUCCCUCUCUCCCUCCAAAUAAAGCUCUCAAAGCCUCGCGCAUGCCCAAGUCCCACACAAGGACGCAGGACACUCUCAGCCCUUCCCUUCUAGCCUUCAAGCCUCGCCAAGUCCUUCUACUUGCAAACCGUAACCUACACAUGAAGCAGAGCAACCCCAAUAACGACCAGAAGGGUCCUCUCCUCCACACCGUCGCCAAGUUCCUCGAGGCCAAUGGGUUCUCCAAAACCCUCAAAAAGUUUCUCUCUGAAGCUCCAGUCGAGAAAAUUGGUAUGAAGGAGUCUUCACUGGAUUUGGAAGAGAUGUACUGCAAAUAUUCUGAAAUGUGUAAUAAAGACAAUACAAGUGUUAGCAGUCAGAAGGAGAAUGGAAAUGUUCUAGCUCCUGAAAAAGUUGCAAAAUCUAAAGACAAGAAGAAAGACAGAAAGAAGGGAAAGAUUGUUUCUGACACUCCUGAUAGUGUAGAACAACAUAAACCCGAGCCACUUUCCGGGGCUACUGAAGAAAGUUUAAAAGAUCAUACAUCUGUGAAGGAAAAAGAUGUCGGUGAUUCUGAGACAGAGAAAAAAACUAAGGAUAAGAAGAAAAGGAAAAACAAGUCAAAUGAUGCAAAUCUAACUGGUGAAACAAUUGCAGAUGAAAACCUAUUGGAUGUUAAACCUAAAGUUAAAAAGAAUAAGAAGGAAACUUCUGGUGGCGAGGAUAAGAAGGUAGUUGCCAUGGAAGAUGCAAGUGACACUGUUUUGAAAAAGGAAGAUUUCAAGAUAUCUGAUGUGGAUGCUACAGAUAAUGAGAACAAAAGCUCCAAAAAAAGGAAAAGAUUGGAUUCUGUAGAUAAUGAUUCAGAGCCUGGGAAGAGCAAAGAAGAUGAAAGUGCUGAGAAGUCUUACAUGCAGAAGAGCAUAAAGAAGCAGCGCAAUGGUUCAACUGAGCCAAAGACGAUUAAUGCCUUUCAAAGGGUAAAAAUUGAUGAAGUGGUAUUCACAGAUGAUAAGCUUAAAGAUAACUCUUAUUGGGCUAAGGAUGGUGCAGAGAUCGGCUAUGGUGCAAAAGCACAGGAGAUUCUUGGUCAAGUCAGAGGAAGGGACUUUCGACAUGAAAAGACCAAGAAGAAGCGUGGCACAUACAGAGGAGGACAGAUUGAUCUGCAAUCGCACUCUGUCAAGUUCAAUUAUUCUGAUGAAGAUUGACCGGAAUCUUGCAUAUUGAGAAACAUUUAGCCUGAAACGUUGCCUCUUUCAUCCUGGACUGAAUUUUGUGUUAACUAGAGGAACGGACACAUAUUUAAGAGCUUUUUUCUCCCCUUUAUUUUGUCUUCUGCUCCAGGCCCAGAUUGACUAAAAGAAGGCCCUUGUAAUCUUCUUUUGGAAAGAUCAUUGAUGUUGGCAGGAUAUAAUUCUCCAAUGACUUCCUAGCUAAUUCUGUGGGAUCGAUGAUCAGAUUGAGGGUUUGUAGAGGCAAGAUUUUGGCCAAGUUUGAUGUUCAUCAAUACUAUCCAAUUGAUUGUGUUUGAGCUGUUCAUGAUCAAUCAUUUUUGUGUAAUAUUAGUGACCUUUGAGUCAUUGACUGAUUAUUUUCUCAUUAAUGGCGUUAUAAUCUGAUAAGUACGUGUGCGUCAUGUAGCUCAUGGUUUUCUACAUUUCUUCGGUAUCUCUAUCACUUGUAACAGUGAAGGUAUCCUUUACCUCUGGUUUAGCUCAUGGUUUUCUAUAUCUCGUGC